AUGACUAGCUACUGUAAACAAAGCUAAUCCGCCAGUCUGUUGAACAACUAAAAAACUAGUGAAUGUGGAAACAGGAUAUGAUCCGAAAUAUCUCUGCGUCACACUCAAUCCUCUCCACCCUCCGCCGUUCAGCCAUGAGCCGGCCCGCAGUCUGACUGGAAGAUAAUGGCUGCAGAGCUGUUCCCCACUAAGAAGCUGGUCCCCCCCGCCUCAGCGAGCAGCACCACCUCCAUCCAGCAGUACCAGCAGCAGAACCUGACCAACAACAACACCGCCUCCGCCGCGCAGGGCUGCUGCAACUGGCAGGGCCUGUACCCCACCAUCCGAGAGAGAAAUUCAGUCAUGUUCAACAAUGAGAUGAUGGCGGAUGUUCACUUCGUGGUCGGGCCACCUGGAGGGACGCAGCGAGUCCCAGGACACAAGUACGUCCUGGCCGUCGGCAGCUCCGUGUUCCACGCCAUGUUCUACGGCGAACUGGCCGAGGAUCAGGAGGAGAUCCGGAUCCCUGACGUGGAGCCUCCUUCCUUCCUGGCCAUGUUGAAGUACAUCUACUGUGAUGAGAUCGACCUCUGCGCCGACACGGUGCUCGCCACCCUCUAUGCUGCCAAAAAGUACAUCGUGCCUCACCUGGCCCGGGCCUGCGUCAACUUCCUGGAGACCAGCCUUAGCGCCAAGAACGCCUGCGUGCUGCUGUCGCAGAGCUGCCUGUUCGAGGAGCCCGACCUGACGCAGCGCUGCUGGGAGGUGAUCGACGCGCAGGCCGAGCUCGCGCUGCGCUCCGAGGGCUUCUGCGACAUCGACACUCAGACGCUGGAGAGCAUCCUGCGGCGGGAGACGCUCAACGCCAAAGAGAUGGUGGUGUUCGAGGCGGCGCUGAACUGGGCCGAGGCCGAGUGCCAACGACAGGACCUGUCCCCGACCAUCGAGAACAAGCGCCUGGUCCUGGGGAAGGCCAUCUACUUGAUCCGCAUCCCCACCAUGGCGUUAGAGGACUUCGCCAACGGAGCGGCGCAGUCCGGUGUGCUCACGCUCAACGAGACCAACGACAUCUUCCUGUGGUACACCGCCGCCAACAAGCCUGAACUCCUGUUCUGCACCAAACCUCGUAAAGGCCUGGCGCCGCAGCGCUGCCACCGCUUCCAGUCCUGCGCCUACAGGAGCAACCAGUGGCGGUACCGAGGCCGCUGCGACAGCAUCCAGUUCGCCGUGGACAAGCGCGUGUUCAUCGCCGGCUUCGGCUUGUACGGCUCCAGCUGCGGCUCGGCCGAGUACAGCGCCAAGAUCGAGCUGAAGCGUCAGGGCGUGCCGAUGGCUCAGAGGAUCAUCAAGUACUUCUCGGACGGCUCCAGCAGCACCUUCCCCGUCUGGUUCGAGUACCCGGUGCAGAUCGAGCCGGACACCUUCUACACCGCCAGCGUGGUGCUGGACGGCAACGAGCUGAGCUACUUCGGCCAGGAGGGCAUGACAGAGGUGCAGUGUGGGAAAGUGACCUUCCAGUUCCAGUGCUCCUCGGACAGCACCAACGGCACCGGAGUGCAGGGGGGGCAGAUCCCCGAGCUCAUCUUCUACGCCUGAGCCCGGCGGAGGGCAGGACGCCACAGAGAUUCCCGCUUCGCCGCCAUGAUGAGUUUUAUUUUGAAAGUGUGAAGACGGGUUCUCAGGAAGCUGUUGAAGGAGGGAGGGGCUUCUGGGAGGACCGUCCCCAAGAGACAGAGACCAGUUCCUCACAUUCCUCCACCGCCUCUGUUGUUGUUGUUUCUCCACAUCAGCUGUUGUUGUUAUUGAGCUGUGGUCGCCGUGGUUACCACUUUCUCUUGGUUGCAAAGAAAAAUCUUGCAGAGAACAGCCUCAUGGGUAAACCGAGGUUACAGAGGAGUCCACACACACACACACACACACACACGCGCACACACACAGACGCGCACACACACACACACACACACAGGUUGGUGUGUUUGAAGUCUGACACUAUUCUGUUUUUAUCGUUGUCAACAGAUGUACAGAUUCAAACCUACGGAAGAGAAAGAAUGUUUUCUAGAAUUCUGAGAUUAG